AUGGAGCUCUCUGUAGCCCUGUGGAUGGAAAAUGUGAAUGUCGCUCUGGUUGGACAGGAGACAAUUGUGAGAAGCCAUGUGAGCCGGGAACCUAUGGAAAGGACUGCUUACAACGCUGUGAUUGCGCCAAUGGUAUGCAUUGUGACCCAUCCGAUGGUGAAUGCAUCUGCCCUCCUGGCAAAAGGGGAGCUAAAUGCGAGCAAGAUUGCGAGGCUGGACAUUUCGGCGCUGGCUGUCGAGGGAUUUGUGCCUGCGCCAAUGGCGGAACAUGUGACGUCGUCUCGGGAGCCUGCUCAUGCACACCAGGCUGGAGAGGGAAACGCAUUACGACUAAUUUACUUCAGAUGCGACAGACCCUGUCCCGAUGGACGCUAUGGUGACGAAUGUCGGUUCAUUUGCGACUGCGCAACUACAAAUGAGACCGCCUUAUACAAUCCAUUUGUGGCACGGUGUGAUCACAUUACGGGAGACUGUCGUUGUCCCCCUGGUUGGACGGGACCGGACUGUGCUACACCAUGUCCUCCUGGAAGAUGGGGGUCCGGCUGUAGCAGUGAAUGUGAGUGCUCGAAUGGUGCUACAUGCGAUCGUCUCACUGGAUUCUGUGACUGCCCUGCUGGCUUCAUGGGGAAGAACUGUGAGACAGAAUGCCCUGAAGGACUGUGGGGAGCAAACUGUAUUCAUCACUGUCUCUGCAUGCACGAUGGUGGCUGCAAUCCAAAAACUGGUGAAUGUACUUGUGCAGCUGGAUGGACAGGACCUGCAUGCGAGUUCUUGUGCCCAUUCGGUCAAUAUGGUCUAAACUGCGAACUGCGCUGUGAUUGCAAAAAUGGUGCAAACUGUAAUCGAACAACCGGACAAUGUGAAUGUCUACCUGGAUGGAGGGGCGAGAGGUACGACAAUGUGAGCGUCAAUGCCCGUCUGGCCAUUUCGGAGCGAACUGCGAAGAGGUGUGUGAGUGCGAAAACGGUGCUACAUGUGAUCCGAUUAGCGGACAUUGUUCGUGUCAGGCAGGAUGGAGAGGACGAAAAUGCAGCAGACCUUGCCUCAAAGGUUACUUCGGACGUCACUGCUCACAAACCUGUCGUUGCUCCAAUCAGAAACCUUGCGAUCAUAUCACUGGAAAGUGCCAAUGCCCUAAGGGGUACACUGGUCAUGGAUGCACUGAGGUAUGUACUUCUACCACCUGAUUCCAACUUCUCAAGAGGUAUGUAG